UUUAUCCUAAAAUAUGUAACAAAGUCAAUGCUAGUAUAAAAUACUGAACUGGAAUGGAGGUGGGAAAAAAACAAGAGGCAUGUGUGUAGUUGUGAGUGACAGUUUCCUUAAAACAAAUUCAAGUAGGAUCCUAUUUGGAAGAUGACUAUUGAGUAUUGAAUAUGUCAAACAUCAUCUGUAUAGUUUCAUAGUUGUAAGAAUUAAAGGAAUAAUGUUUGUGGUGUUCCAUAUUUAAUAGGAAGAAAGCUUUUUACCUGAAUCACCGAAUUAACCAUCACAAAACUACAACGUAUUGUGGGGCUUGAGUUUGGAAAGUUGGUGGCGCAAUGCCCCACCUCUCUACGUAAUCGCUUUAUACUAAUCAAUUAAUUAAUCUAUUCAACUAAACCUCCCACCUUCUCCCCUUGAAACCUUUUAAUCAAUUCAUUUUUUCCCAUGAAUCCAAAUACUAUGAUUUUCCUUUGAAAUUCUUCACUUAUGAUGGCCGCCCUUCAUCACAGAAAAAUCCUAAUUGCAGAACCCAAUAAUUUCACCACAAAUUAUGCCACCGAUUGUUACUUAUGCUACGUUUGCCCCGAAAACUGCUACCUAUCACCGCCUCCACCACAACUACUCCCUCAGCCGCCCCAAUUUGCCGAUCCCAAUCCGAUCAAAAGCCACGUUCCGACGGUCCUGAUUCUGAUGCUUUGCGUUCUGGGAGUGGCAUUCCUAGUCCUCUCCUACCUGACCCUGGCCAGAUACCGGCGCCGGAGAAAUCUAGGGCCUAUGGAACCUUCGAGAACGAAUUUCGCCGACGAGAACCAGGGCCCGAUGGUGGACCACCCCAUCUGGUACAUCCGCACCGUGGGCCUCCCCCAGACGGCCAUCGACGCCAUCGCGUCGUUCCCGUACCGUAAGGCCGACGGCCUGGUCGACGGCAACGACUGCGCCGUGUGCCUGAACGACUUCCGCGACGGCGAGGCUGUGCGGCUGCUCCCCAAGUGCAGCCACGCCUUCCACCUCGACUGCAUUGACACGUGGCUCCGAUCGCAUAAGAACUGUCCCGUCUGCCGCGCCGCCAUCGUCGCCGGCGAGGCCAAUUCGCGUCGAGCCGAGGCGAGCUCGAGCAGCCCGCAGCGGAAUCCGGCAGAAUUGCGGGGUGGUGUGAGGAGAUCGGUUUCGAUGGAUUUGUCGUGUGCGUCGAAUUCGAGCAUUUAUAGGGCGAUGAAGAGGUCGUUGUCGUUGAGUGGGAAGAGAUCGUUGAGGAAGGAUAGCAGCAGCAGCAGCCCUCAAUCGUUUCUCUUGCAAGAGAUUCAUCUGCAAAUACGAUAGCUACGGAUUUUGGGUAUCCAAAUUUUAAUUCAAUUCGAUAAUUUCAUGAAUGAGAUUUUGAGAUGGUGUUAUUGUCCAUAUUCCUAAACAUAUUUGGCACAAGGCUUGUAAAUAUUUUUACGGAAUAUAGCGAUAUCAUUUUUUCCUUC